CGCAGCGUGGACCUGUUGGUUCAAUUUUGAAACCUUCUAACUUUUGGAAUUAACUUCUCAAUAAAAGCAUCGCGAAGGAGGCAAUGCAGAGGAGGAGGAGGAGGAGGAGUGGAGAAAGAAGUUUGACCAACAGUGAGAUGACGAUGUGACCCCGUGUAAACUCCAGUGACCACCUCUCUCUCUCUCCCUCUCUCUCAAACACACGUGAAGCAACAGCAGCAGCAGCAGCAGCAACACUGCGUCCAUGUCCCGGCGCAAGCCAGCAUGACUCUGUCCGACGGUCUGUCGGAUACUUGUCAGCUCAUUUUACGCGACCGCAUGGAGCCGGAGCUGUGGAAGUAGGACUUGAUCCAUGCUUUUCUGGGGUAUAGUUGGCUGCAACACGCUGUGAAGCAAACACAGGCUACCGCGCACACUUUGGAGAGAGCUACGAUGCGGGGCACUUUGGGCGCAUUCAUUCAGUCCUGUCUGAUCCUGCUGGUCCGAGCAGAUCAGUGGAGGAUGAGGGACUCCGCCAACUGCGAUCUACACAAGAAACAAACUGACUUAAAUUCCUUCCUGUGGACGAUCAAAAGGGACCCUCCCUCAUAUUUCUACGGCACAAUCCACGUUCCCUACACACGUGUUUGGGACUUUAUCCCUGAAAACUCCAAGCAGGCAUUCCAGGAGAGCAACAUCGUCUACUUUGAGCUGGACCUGACGGACCCGUACACCAUCUCAGCCCUGACCAGCUGCCAGCUGCUUCCUCAGGGCGAGAACCUGCAGGAUGUCCUACCCAGAGACAUCUAUCGGAGGCUUAAAAGACACCUCGAGUAUGUGAAACUCAUGAUGCCCUCUUGGAUGACCCCAGAUCAGAGGGGAAAGGGACUCUACGCGGACUAUCUCUUCAAUGCCAUUGCCGGGAACUGGGAGAGGAAGCGGCCCGUUUGGGUGAUGUUGAUGGUGAAUUCGUUAACUGAGGCAGAUAUUAAGACCCGAGGGGUGCCGGUGCUGGACCUGUACCUGGCCCAGGAGGCGGAAAGGAUGAGGAAGAGGACGGGGGCUGUUGAGAAGGUGGAGGAGCAGUGCCAUCCACUGAACGGGCUCAACUUCUCCCAGGUGAUCUUUGCCCUGAACCAGACGUUAUUACAGCAGGAGUCUUUAAGGGCAGGAAGCCUACAGGUCCCAUACACGACUGAAGACCUCAUCAGACACUACAACUGUGGAGAUCUCAACUCCAUCAUCUUCAAUCAUGACACCUCACAGGUCCCGAACUUCAAUAAUGUGACAUUGCCACCCAGUGAGCAGGUGACCGCCCAGGAAAUAGACAGCUACUUCCGACAGGAACUGAUCUACAAGAGGAAUGAAAGGAUGGGCAAGAGGGUCAAGGCCCUGCUAGAAGAACACCCUGAUAAGAGCUUCUUCUUCGCCUUUGGAGCAGGUCACUUUCUUGGCAACAAUACAGUUAUUGAUGUGCUUCGUCGCCAGGGAUAUGAGGUGGAGCACACCCCUGCUGGGCAGCCCAUAAACAGGAGAUCAUCAUCCAAACUUGCCUCUCCAGACUUAGAGGACCACCAUGAUGAGUCUCCUCUCCUAGAGCCUUUCCUCCAUGAGCUUCCACACAAGGAGGAGGAUCAGGGGCGUCCCCUGGAGGAAGACUCAUUUCCCCACAUGUUUCUGCCAUCGGACAGCCUGGAGCUGCUGGAGAAAGCAGAGAGGAAAAUGCUGAAGAAAAAGAGGAGGAACAAGCAGAAGAAACAGCGGCACCGGCAUUUCAACGACCUCUGGGUUCGCAUCGAGGAGAGUCCUAUGGCCCAGUCUCCUCCUCCCCCGUUGGUUCGCAUCAUUAAUGGUUACAUCACAGUGCAGCCGCCUGACAGAGUCUACAACCACUACAACUAUCACAUACCUUCAACAUCAUCCAUCUCCUCGUCCAUCUCCUCUUCAAUUAUCUUCCUCUGUACAUUGCUUGCAGUGAUCCAACAGAUGUGGACUGUGUUCCUCUAGUAGAACAUUUGUUGGGACUCACAGCCUUCUCUAAUAUGAUCUCUCACACACAUUAUGAUGGUUUCUUGUCUCAGCUCAUGAAAUCAUAAGAUAUCGAGGAGGCUAUGAGACUCUCAGAGACUAUUUGCAAAAAAGGCACGGAGAAAGGAUGUGAAAUCAACUCGAGCUGUCAGGUAACAGUGCCCUCCAUGGAUAUUAGGUUAGAUAAAGUUUGUGUUGUUGGGACUGAAUAGUAAAUCACGUCAAUGGAGCGUGUCUCUUACAAAUUGAGACCUUGAUGAGCAUGUAAGUUCAUGUAACGAGAGGUUUCUUGGAAGCAUACAUGUUUCAUAAGGUUUCAAUUAUUUGACACACACACACAGCAGGAAUGUGUAUGCAAGCAUGCAAACAGGAGGUAUUAUCGGAUGUCUCACAGACGUUACACAACAUGUCAGUUCCCUUCUUUAUUACAGUGUUACAAUAGACACUAAUCGUUCAACAUUCAGUGCCUCUGAGAAUGUGAGAUCUCACUGACGCGACUGUUCGGUGAAGGAACAUCACUGAAACCGUUGCUGAAGAUCAAAUACCUUCAAUAAGUACAACUGGAAUCAUAUGUCUGUGUAUGUGUAUGUGUGUGUGUGCGUGUGUUUGAGUGUGUGUGUGAGACAAAGUCUAUCAGCUCUUAAACCCCCUGGCCUUGCAAACAGAGGUGUAUCUUUACAGACCUUAAUUUAUUCUUCCAUUUUAGAAGAAUCUGUUUAAUGUUGCAUUAUAGCCUACUGCGGGGGAAAAAAUUGUACAUAUUGUUUUUAAAUAUUAUAGAUGUAUUUUAGAAUUAUAAAAAAUAAAUGAAAAGUAUCAAAAGUUUUGUUGUUGUUUAUAUAAAUAUAUAAAUAGAUAUGCAGUAUAUUUUUGAAAGAAAAUCAGGAACUAACCACCAUAGCCCAUGUCAUGUGUCUCACUGAAAGGGACAGAUGAUUGUAUUGUACUUCAUGUAUCAGUGUUAUCACUUGGCUUGGCUGUAUGUGUCUGCUGAAAGGAUUCAUAGUG